AUGUGGAAUCAAUAAUUCUUACCAGCUUACAAUCUUUAUGCAUAACCUUAAUAACCUCUAUAUUAUCCUAUAUACUUUAUUCCUGUCAUUAAUGGGUAUCAGGGAUAUUCUGAUGGAAAUUUAAGCAAUUCUUUAACAACCUAACUAACCUAAUAACCUCCUUAAAUUGCUUCAUAAGAAGUACCUUUAUUAGCUUCUUGUUCAACUUUUAAUGAAAAAUAAGUCUAAGAAUCUAUAGAAAGCAUUGAUUCGGUAGUUGUGAAAAAUAAAUCUAAAAAUAACUCACAACCAAAAAGUCUUUCAUAAAAAUCUACAAAUAUCUAAAAAAAUUAUGCUAAAGCUAUUGUCUAAUACAUUUUGAGACAAAGAAUAGAAAUACUAAACUAUUUGGGAGAAAAAUAAGGCAUAGAAUUUCUAAAAUUACUCACUUAACUAAAAAAUAACAUUAAAAAUGUUAAACAUUUAAUUAGGUAUACCAAUAAUGAAAAAUAAUAAAAAUUAUUUAGAAUCCUAGCUAAUAGGUUUCUAAAGAAAGAAUCUAUAGGAUAUGUUUAUAAUUCGAAUAUAAAAUCGACAAGUUAACACAUAUUAUAUAGACAUCUAAUUUAACUUAAUUUAUAAAAAUAUUGA